AUGGGUCCCUACACAGCGCCUUCCUCCGCUGCAGACCAGUCAUCGCGCCUACUCAGUACGUCAUUCAGGUCGCAUAUGAGCUCUUUCAGCGCUUCGUCGCCCAUUGCCGAAGCUGCCAUCGCGCGCGACAUCGAAGAGGAAGCCGAGCAAGCAGGCACACAGCAAGAUGAUGACGACGAGCCAUAUGGCUGGGCCAUCAAGCCUUCCGACCAUGCGCUCGCCGAAGGUUACCGCCGCCCAAAUUACGUCGCCACCGGACCGCGCGCCGCCGUCGUCCAGAACAUGUCCGUCCCGGAGCAUGGCUAUCUAACGAAGCGCGAAGCCGAGGAGGCGCGAAACGACGCGCGCAGUCUUUUGCGCGACAAUUCCCUCCUCCCUCCGAAGCACCCUCGCCGGCGGUCCAGCGGUGGCCAGUCCUCAUUCAAGGGCUUGAGCGCGCGCCUCUCGAUCCCCAGGCUUCGCAGGAGCAUUGACGAGGAGGCUAUGGUAGACGAUGCUGUUGACAACGGCGUAUCCGAUCUGUCAGAGCGCACUGCGCUACUUGGCGCCGCAAGACCAGCAGAUCCGACCAAGCCCUAUGGAGGUUUGGACACGCCGGACAACAUCCGGCAGAAGUGGGAGGAAGCUGUGACGGCUGGAAUGAUCUCGACUACAUGGCAAAGAGAGGCCAAGGUGCUGGCGAAAUAUUCUCCUUCACUAAUUCUCACCUUCUUGCUGCAAUACUCGUUGACUGUUGCGAGUAUUUUCACCGUUGGCCACAUUGGCAAAGUCGAACUGGGUGCUGUCAGCCUGGCCAGUAUGACGGCCUCCAUCACCGGCUACUCGGUCUACCAGGGCCUUGCCACUAGCUUGGACACACUGUGCGCCCAAGCUUAUGGAUCGGGCCAUAAAACACUAGUCGGACUGCAGUUGCAGCGCAUGGUGUAUUUCUUGUGGACCAUCACCAUUCCAAUUGCGUUCAUAUGGUUCUUUGGCACCCAGAUUCUCGAAGCCAUCGUCCCUGAGAAGGAGACCGCAAGACUAGCAGGACUUUACCUGAAGGUUCUCAUUGCUGGCGCACCAGGCUAUGCCGCCUUUGAGAGUGGCAAGAGGUUCGUUCAAGCACAAGGGCUAUUUUCAGCAACCUUCUACGUACUGCUAAUUUGUGCUCCGCUGAACGCGUUCAUGAACUGGCUUUUUGUUUGGAAAUUCGACUGGGGUUUUGUUGGUGCUCCCAUCGCUGUCUCAAUCACUGAGACUCUCAUGCCACUGUUCCUCUUCCUCUAUGUGCGCUUCGUGGACGGCAUGCAAUGCUGGGGUGGAUUCUCGCGUCUGGCCCUGAGGAACUGGGGCCCCAUGAUCAGGCUUGCUCUCCCGGGGCUCAUUAUGGUGGAGGCUGAAUUCUUGGCUUUCGAAAUCCUGACCCUAUCCGCUUCCUGGAUCUCGACUACGCAUCUUGCUGCGCAGAGCGUCCUCAGCACUCUCACUGCCAUCACCUACCAGAUUCCUUUCCCCGUCUCAAUCGCGGCCAGCACGCGCAUUGCCAACCUCAUUGGUGCCACGCUCUCGGACGCGGCGAAGACGGCUGCCAAGGUAGCAUUCAUUGCAGAGUUCGGCAUUGGUAUUCUGAACGUUGUGCUCCUUUCCUCACUCCGAAACUACAUUCCUCAGCUUUUCACCAACGACGAAGACGUGGUCGAGGUUGUGGCUGCCAUCCUACCUCUGUGCGCCGCGUUCCAGCUGUUCGAUGCGCUAGCAGCGUGCUGCGGUGGUAUCCUGCGCGGCAUCGGUCGCCAGGAGGUGGGCGGUUACGUCAACCUUAUCUCUUACUAUCUCAUCGGCCUACCCAUCAGCUUUGGAACCGGGUUCGGAUUGGGAUGGGGCUUGUAUGGCCUGUGGGCGGGACCCGCUCUUGCACUCGGCAUUGUUGCUCUCGUUGAGUAUAUAUUCAUUCACAAGACUAGCUGGGAAGCUGCGGUCGAAGAUGCGCAGAAGAGGAACCUGGAGAAUUAG